AUGUUCUACGACAGUGAAAAUGGAUUGGGAUACAACCAUUCUUGCAUUAACUGCCACAAUGACUCGUACUACCGAUACAACUUUACCGAUGUGGACGAUUUUAUAUGUGUUUUCCAUGACGAGGACGACAUUUCAACCAGUAUUUUCAAAGUAUCUGUGUAUGUGAUGUACAUUACCGUGUUUGUUACUGCACUUGUGGGCAAUGGCUUAGUGUGUACGGUAGUGCAAACCACAGCGCGCAUGAAGACUGUGACGAACUACUUUAUAGUGAACUUGGCUGUGGGUGAUAUACUAAUGACGCUGUUCUGUGUGCCGUUUUCAUUUGUACCGACUUUGUUGCUUCGAUACUGGCCUUUCGGAGCGUUUAUGUGUAAAGCGGUUAACUUUUCGCAAGCAGUGUCCGUGCUAGUUAGUGCUUACACAAUGCUGGCGAUCUCCAUCGAUCGGUACAUAAUUAUAAUGCACCCGUUGAAGCCACGGCUUAGCAAGACGGCCGCUAAGCUGGUUGUAUUUGCUGUGUGGAGUGGGGCGCUGGUCACCGCGGCUCCCAUACCGAUCGUCUCUAAGCUUCAGAGGCCAUCGCUUUGGCAUCAGACAUGUGAAGUUGACAUUUGUGGAGAGGUAUGGUCGAGCACUGAGCAGAGUCGUCAGUACACGUACGCAUUGUUGGUGCUGCAGUUUGUCCUGCCACUGAGUGCGCUAGUGUGCACAUAUACACGGAUAGCGCACACAGUAUGGGGCGGUCGACCGCCUGGAGAAGCGCAAGACGCCAGAGACUCGCGAAUACAACAUUCCAAACGAAAGAUGGUGAAAAUGAUGUUGACAGUCGUUACAGUAUUUAUAAUGAGCUGGUUGCCCCUCAACAUUUUUAUAGUUUUAUGGACGGUGCACGAGAAUGACGACGAGUGGGCUUCGUGGCCAGGGAUGCCGUACGUGUGGUUCGCAUGUCAUUGGCUGGCGAUGUCACACUCCUGCUACAACCCUAUGAUCUACUGCUACAUGAACAUUCGGUACCGGCAAGGAUUCCAAGAGAUAUUCAGUGCGUUGCUAUGUUUGAAGAAAAAGGACUCGACCAGGCCGUGUCAAAGGUCAAGUGUUUGUGAGGGCAUACCUAUGUCAGAACUGAUGGGUGUAAAUGGAACGGGGACAGCGAAUCGUCGUGGAAUACAUGUAUGCAGAUGUCAGACGUCUAAGAGUACAGCAGUGUCAAAUGGUAGUAAGAGUAUAACUUGUACUUUUUGUACUCCAAAACCUGCGUCUCGAUCUUCGGCAGCUUCUUUGACACCACCAGUCAGGGCUGCCUCCGUGCGCUCACAAUUCUUCUAA